CAGUCGUCAGUUUUUCUUCAGUGGCUCCGCGCGUUUCGCAUUUUGUUGUGCGGGCUGCUACUCCGCAGCAGCAGGAAAAACUACACAUACAUACAUACACACACUCACACACUCUCAACUGGAAAAACUUGGCUUUUUCAAUAAAAAUAAAUUCAAUUUUAUUGCUUUUUCUCCCGCGCGCUUUUACCACAUACAAAUAUAUACAAAUCGUGCGUCUCUAUAUAACCUACUCGCUGUGUAUGUGUGCGUGUGUAUCAACAUAAUUUUGAUGUGCAAAGCUCUUUAAAUACUACAACAACCAAAUACAAAAAAAGAAAAAGAGGAAAAAAUCUAAUCAAAACGACACGACGACGACUAUGUGCUGCCUGUGAUUCUAUUUCGUUUUUAACUGAUAUAUCUAUAUAACAACUACAAGCAUUUGACAAAACAACAAAGAAGAAGAAGAAGCAGACAUUUAAACAUCAACUUUACAACAAAACAACUACUAUCUGAACUAUUCUACUUCUGCAAGCAUAUAAAAGUAUUUUCUUGAAAGCUGCGAUAAAAGAAAAGCGUGCCAAGCAGAGAGCACAACCGCAACGGGCAAAGCCACGUCGAACGACGACGGAAGGCUGAAAAACCCCUUUUCAUCUAUUCCUCCUCCCAAUUCUUGAUCCCCACAUAAAGAGAAACAAGAAUAAACAUGGAUGACGAUCAACAGUUUUGUUUGCGAUGGAACAACCAUCAGAGCACAUUGAUCAGUGUAUUUGACACGUUGCUGGAAAAUGAGACACUAGUCGAUUGCACGCUCGCCGCUGAGGGUAAAUUUCUCAAGGCCCACAAGGUGGUGUUAUCAGCAUGCAGUCCCUACUUUGCUACAUUGCUGCAAGAACAGUACGACAAGCACCCGAUAUUCAUACUCAAGGAUGUCAAAUAUCAGGAACUGCGCGCCAUGAUGGAUUACAUGUAUCGCGGCGAGGUCAAUAUUUCGCAGGAUCAACUCGCUGCGCUCCUCAAGGCCGCUGAAUCGUUGCAGAUCAAGGGAUUGUCCGACAAUCGCAGUGGUGGCAACAGUGGCGCCAGUGGCAACACUGCGGCAGCCGCCCAGGCUGCAGCGCAACAGGCCACCAAAUCGGAUGCACAUCAUCGCGUCAAGCUGAGCGGCACCUAUACGCUGGAGCAGACGAAGCGAUCGCGUGGUGCCAUGGAUGUGUCUGGUGAUGUGUCUGGAUCACGCGAAGGCUCCUCGAGUCCAUCGCGUCGUCGUCGAAAAGUGAGACGCCGCAGCAUGGAAAAUGAUAUGCACGACAACUCGAAUUCGUCAGUGCUGCAAGCAGUCGCCGCCGCCUCCAAUCAGUCAAUCCUCCAACAAACAAGCGCUAGCCUCGCCGCCUCCGCUUUGGUCAGCACUCAAUUGGCCAGCGGUAGCAGCGUUGGUGCCGCCGCCGCAGCAACAAAUGCCAGUGGCAGCAGCAGCAUCCAAGUAUCGACCCAGCCAUUGACCAGCAGCAGCAGUAACGUUACCAAAAAGACUGAAAGCGCUAAACUAACAUCGACAGCUGCCCAGGGCGCCCAACAACAGCAGCAGCAGCAGCAACAACAAACCACAAGCGAUGCCAUUAACACCGACAAUGUACAACAACAACAACAGCAACAACAGAAUGAAAGCACCCAAGGCGAAGCCGAUGAAAUGGAUGUGGCAAGUGGUGGUGCUGGUGUUGCAAGUGGCGCCGUUGCCGUUCAUCCAGGUGUCGUUAAGCAAUUGGCCACUCUAGACAAGUCGAAUCAUAAACAAAAGAUCAAAGAUAAUAGCAUAACAACAACCGCAACAACUGAAAUGGUAAUUGAGCCCAAGGCCGAAUACGAUGAGGAUGCGCACGAUGAGAACGUUGAGGAUUUGACUUUGGAUGAGGAAGAUAUGACAAUGGAAGAGCUGGAUCAAGCGGCUGGCACCAGUCAGGGUGGCGAUGGAUCUAGUCAAGCAUAUGCAACAUGGCAACACGACAGAUCUCAGGAUGAACUUGGACUAAUGGCCGCACAGGAUGCACAGCAACGGGAUCCACAAGCUGAGUAUUUGCAUGGCGGCCAGCGAACACCCCGAACAUCGAGGACGUCCCCACCACCGCAUCGUUAUUAUCCGCUGUUGAAUCUGAAGACGAGUCCGUACACCAGUCCCAUUGCCACGCCCACUGGGGUGAUAAAGUUCGAACAUGGCAGCAUUGUGGAUGACAAUGAUCACGAUCAUCAGUUGCGAAUCGAUAGUCGCAGGGCCACGCCCACACACAGCAGCAGCACGCACGAGCGACAUGGCAAUAAUGGCGACAACGAUGACAGCAAUAACAACAACAACAACAACAACGACGAUGAUGACGAUGAUGACAACGAUGAUGAUUUCACUGGCGAUAAACCCUUUGAUCUACGCAUGGGUUUUGCCAAACUCAUCGCUGUCGCCCAGACACACGGUGCACUGCCACUUGGCCACCAUCAUCACCACCACCAGCAGCAGCAGCAACAGCAGCCACAACAGCAACAGCAACGUCCGCUGGCCCAGCUGAUGCAGCAACAGUCCAGUCCCGAUGGGCCGCUGCGUCGUUACAGCAGCAGCAGCAGCAUUGGCAUUCCGCCUGUUACUUUGCCCAGCGGCAACAGUGGCAAUGUGGACAGCAAGAGUAACACAGUUGCAGCGAUGGCAGCAGCUGUUGCUGCCGUGGCAGCUAACAACACGAACGCUGCAAUAACGGGUGCCUCAACAUCGGCGGCAGCGGCGGCGGCUGCUGCGGUUGCUGCUAGUGGCUGGAGUGGCGGUGUUAUUGGUGCAGCUGGAGGGGGAGGUGGUGGAUCAGGAGGGGGAGGAGGUGGUGGAGGAGGAGGAGGUGGAGCCUAUGCCUGUGAUCGUUGUGGCAACACGUAUGCUCGGCCGCAUAGCUUGAAUCGUCAUGUGCGCUUCGAGUGCGGCGUGGAGCCGCAAUUCGAGUGUCCCAUCUGUCACAAGAAGUCGAAGCACAAACACAAUCUCGUGCUGCACAUGCGCACGCACCAACAUCGAUGAUGCCACAAUCAACAACAAUUGCAAUGACGCCAGCAACUGGUUGCUGCUGCUGCUGCUGCCACUAGCUAGUUAGAGAGCCUUGUUUCUAGGCAGCACUUUCAGGAUCCAAAUCCGAGUCCAAGUCCAAGUCCAGAGCGCGGUUUGAGCAAGUUUUUGUUUUUUUUCAAAUGAUCUUGAAACCAUAUAGUCGUUUUUUUUAUAUAUCUAUAUAUAUAUAUAUGCAUAUAUACACUAUAAUUAACUAUACAAAUGAAAUGAAAAGGAAAACCCACAACAACAAUUACACACACUCACACACACAUCUAGAUCAUGCCGUCAAUGUGAAAAUAUUAACAAAUUCUAAUCUUUAGUUCUAAUACUAUAUACACACAUAUAUGCAUCAUAUUUUCUUUCUUUAUUUUAUAUAUUUUCCAAUCACCCUUUUUUUUUGUUGUAAAGUCCAAAGGCGUGAGAGUGCGAAUCGCGUUGGUUGCAACUUUGUUGUUGUUGUUGUUAUUGACAUUGUUGUUGUUGUCGUCGAUGUUGUUGUCGUUAUUGUUAGAUGAUGAUGAAGAUGUAGUUGUUGAUAACAAAAUAUGUAUGUGUGUUAAACAUCCUUAGAAAACUCAAUGAUCUCAAUGAAUUUUUCUUUAUUGCGGUGUCAAAAAACAAAAAAAAAAACAGUCGAGAGAAAACAAGAAGAAAAAUCAAAUGCAUUUGUUUUUUUUAUAUAAAGAAAAGCAGAAAAGAAGAUAAUGAUAAUGAUGAUGAUGUAGUUAAAGAAGAAUGCAGCAAAACGCAAAACAUUCACAUUAAUUUUAGUGUUGAAAUUUUUAAGCGUCUAAUUUUAUUUAUUGUUAUAAACGAAACGAGAACAAAGAACAACAAAAACAAAACAAAAAACAAAACAGUCUCCGAUGCAGAAUUAAAUUUGCACUCUCACGCGCUUGCAACUUGAUAAUGAUAAUGAUGAUAAUAAUGAUAUCUUUUUUUUUUUAAUUUCUGUAAUAAACAUAAAUAAUCGUUUCUGGGGCAAUAGUUAAACUUAAUAAGCUUAAUCACACACACACAGCAUAUACAAUUUAUAUUUUUGUGUAUAUAUGUAUGUAUGUGGAGAAUAGCAAGAGUCAAUCGCUUAGUCAGUCAAACAAAACAAAAAACAAAAAAACAGUUAGAGUCUAAGUUAGAGUUUAAGCUUGAAAGCAAAAAGUAAACCUAACAAGUAAAACUUAAACAAAUUUAACUAAAUUUAAACGAUGGACAUGUGCAAUAAGCUGAACACACAGACGGCAACAAACAAAAAAAACAGGCAACAAACAAAAAAAAAACUUGUGUAAUAGUCGAUGAUCCCAAAAAAAAAAAAAAUAGGAAAAACCGAAAGAAAACCAGGAGAAAAACAAAACAAACUCGUAAGUUUCAUUUUCUGUUUUAAACGUAUUUUUUUUUUUAGCGCACAAUCAAGUUUUCAAAAAUUUUGUUUAUCAUUAUUAAUUAUUCUUUUUAUUUCUUGUUAGCUGCGCGCCACCAAAGCCACAUUAAAAAAAAAAUCGAAAAAUACACAAAAAAAAAAAUUUAUUGUUAGUGCAACGCAACGAUCUCUAAAGAACUUUUCAAAAACACAAAUACAAACAACAACAAAUUUAUAAAUUUUAUUAAUUUAUCUUGUGCUCAUUCCAUGAAAGAAAAGAAAAAGAAAGAAGAAAAUUAUUCGUUUAAUUUGUUUAUUAUUUUAUUUAUUUUAUGAACGAACACGAAAUGUGAUAGGCGGCAAUUUUAGUUGAACCAAAUAACAAAAAAAUAAAAAAAAAACGAUGUAAAAAAAGAAUAGAUAUAAAGAUGAAUUAUUCAAAUAUUAAUAUAAUAUGAUUCAUAAACAUUUGGCUUGUGGCUCUGGUUAAAGGCGCGUGCAAGCAAUUGAAUCAGUUAUUACGAUUAUAAUUACGAUUACGAUAAUGAAGAUGAUGAUAAAAGUGAAAACAAGCAACAUGUACAAGUUGGAGCAAACGAAUUGGCAUUGUAAAGAAAAGAAAAAAAGAGUUAGGGACAAAACUCGCAUCGAGUCACAGUCAGAGAGACGAAGUCAAAAGAGAUGAGAAGAUGAGAUCAAGGUCGAGAGUCGAGAGUCGAGAGUUGGGAGUCAGAGUCAAGUAAAUGAGAAAUAAUUGGUAUGUGAUAUAAAGAAUAUAGUCCUCAUUCUAAUUAAUAUAAUAUUAUUAAUUUUUCUUGUUGUUAUAAACACAAACACACACCCACACACCCACACGCAACUACACACACACACACUAAAAGAUAAUUUUAUUUAUUUAAUGCAUAUUUUCCAAAUUUUGACAACGCGAGAGAAAAAUCACAUAAUGUUGCAGCAAAACUUGUUAUAAAAAGAAGAAGAAGAAUAAGAGAGAAACCCGUUAUUUUAAUUAUGUUAUAAGCUGAAUAACAGUUAGAUCGUAAAACGCUAAAAACAAAUUAUAUGAGAAAACGGAAAUUUAUUAAUUGUUAAAACUAUCUAGAAAUGUAUGAAAAUGUAACUAAACAAAAGGGUUAUAAAAAUGAUGAGCUUAACACAAAAAAAACUCGUUGCUUAGGUACUUUAAAAAUUAUAUAAUUAUACAUAAUAAUCGUAAAGAUAACCCACACACUUACACACCCAACACACACAUCAACACAUAGGGGCGCAAUGUAAAUGUUCGUUAGCAGUUUGUGCCACAAAAUAUGUGAUAACAAAUUCAUUUGUACAACAGACAAAACAAAACAAAAUUGGCACAAAUUCUAGCAAACAAAUUGAAAAAAAAAAAACAAAAAUUAAUAAAAUUACAAAUAAUUAUAAAACACACACACACAAGAAAAAACAUGCGAAUAUUAAACAAAAAAAGUAAAAAAAAUUAUGUAAAUUGUGAAAAAUGAAAGAAAAACAAAAUUCUUGUCGGUCAGUAUUCGAAUUACGUGAGGAAAAACAACAAACAAACAAACAAACAAAAUUUGUAUUUAGAUUGUUAUUAUUUUAGUGCUUUCGGUUCAGUUUCAAAUUGGCAUUCAAAUUGACUUUAAUUUUAAUCACCAUUUAUUAAUUACUUUAAUAUAAAUUACAAAAUUUGUUUCAAACAAAUACAAAUGAAACUUGGCAUUGCUUUAGCGCUAGUCAGUUACGUGAAUUAGCUUUGCUUUACAUUUUUUUUGUUAUACUUAAUUGUUUAAACAUUUAUAUGGAAGAGAAUGCAAUAGAGAGAGAAGGAUGUAGGAGGAAGAAGAGCAGCAGAGGAGAAAGAAUAGUUUCACAAUCUACAUGAUGCAACUUUGUAUCCUUUUUGUAAACAAUUAUAAUCUAAUGCAAUUAUUUAACUUUGUCUAUUAAGGUUGUGGUUCUUAUUUAUACAACUAAAUCAUUUUUUUACUACUUUUCUAAGCAAAAACAAAACAAAACAAAACGAAACGAAAACAAUACAAAACAAAAGAAGAGAAGAGAAAACAAACAAAAAAAAAACCAAGCAACAUUUUAAUUUAUCAACAGCGCAUGUGAUGAGACUCGCAAGUUUGUCGUGAAUUGUUCGAUGUAUUUGGGUGAAAUUCAAAUUCAAGACAUGCCCAGCAAAUGAAUUUUGAGACACACUUUCGAGUCGUAUAGUUAAAAACUAAAAGAAAUCUAAAUGAAAAUGAAAUGGAAAUGGAAAUAAAUGAAGAGCAUGUGAUAAAUUCAAUAUAAUUUUGAUUAACAAGCAACUUACUAACAAACAAAAACAACAAACAACAUAACACAAUACACACACGCGUACACUGUAAUUAAUUUAAGUAGUGCAUCUAUAUCUACAUAUAUAUAUAUGUGUAUAUGUAUAUGUAUAAUUAACAAAUUUGCUAGAUACAACAAAUCAUUUUGUAGAUGCGAAACAAACAAACAACAUAAUAAGCAACAACAAAACAUAUUUUUUGAGAAAUUGUACUAACAACAAAAACAGCAAAUAUCUGUAUCUUUUUCUUUUUGGUAUAAGCGUAAAUGAAAUGAAAAAUGUAUCUAUGAAACAAACUCACACAACAAACAGAAACAGAAACACAUACACAUACAUAUUAUGGAACGAAAGAGUUUUAACUAUAACUAUUAAAGAUUACCAACUACUACUACAACUACUUUAACAACUAUAACUACUUUACACACACACAUCAACAACACACACAUACACAUACACAACGUUGUAAACAAGGAGCUGUGAAUGUAUAAAAUUAUAUAUUAAAAAAAAUAUAUAUAUAUCUUAUAUAUGUACAUAUAGAUACAAAAACGAAAAACACAAAAAAAGAAGCGAAAUCAAUGUGAUCAAUUGUGAUUGUUAAGGAAACAAAAUGAUAAACGAAACUGUUGUUAAUGUGAAUCGAUAUAUGAACGGCAUAGGCAAGUGGGGCAAUAGGUUUUGGAGAUACAUUGAAAAGGGCUUUUCUUUACACACACACACACACACACACACACACACACACACAGAUACAGAUACAUAAUACAUAUAUACACAACUUUAAGUUUACUUUCAUCCUUGUUUAUCUUUUCUCUAUAUGAACUAAUACAGAUCAUACUAUAAUAGCAUAUUUACAACAUGGGUUUUUAUUCACACUAAACAACAACAACAACAAACAAAAAUCUAGUAAUUAGCCAUAAGAUACACUUCAACCAAUCAACAAACAAACAUAUGUAAUUGUAUAUUCUAAAUGUUAAUUGCUGUUCACGCACGAUAAACACACACAGAUACACAGAUACACACCAAUACACACCCACAGAGAACUCAAGAGUCAUUUGCCUAUAAAAACAAAGAAAAUAGCAAAUUCUAAAUAAACAAAAAAAUAAAAAAUCAUAUUAUAUAUAGCUUAGUUUGCGCUUAUAACAAAAUUUACAAAACAAUGAAAAACCUCUAAAAAAAAAAAAAAAACAAA